UGAGCAACUACAGAUUCACUGAGUAGUAACUACUGUGAGUGGUAACUAACUUACUUUGAGUAACUACAGUUUCUCUUGGUAAAUAAUAUAGCUAACUACAGUUGUUUAAUACACUGACACAACAACUACUCUUUUGAUUUUUGAACAGGCUAAGACGAUUACAAAUAUCUGCUUAUGCCUGCCUUUGAUAUCUCCCUUAACUGAUAAUAAGAUUGUAACACAGGAAAUGCAGAAGUUAAAAAAAAACAUCAGAUAGAGGUUACAUUACAAUAAAGGACUGCGUUAAGAUAGAGCCUGGAUAGGCACUGGAGUACAGUUAGUAUAGCACUCUAUUCUUGUUCCUAUGGGCUGCAGGAGGCUUAACCUGUGACUUGGCUUGUGGCAUUGUAUCACAGUUCUGCUCACAAACAGUGUCCUUUCUGUGGGAAAGGUUGAUUGUCUGUUGCAGUCCCCUUUACAGUGAACCCACCCAUCCUCUCUCUGAGCCAAGCGAAAGGUGUUACACGUAUGUCCACAUUUGACCUUGAGUGAUUAGUCAUAGAGUGAGAUCCCACAGCUUUGAAGCAGACUUAACACCUCAGCAACCACGUUGAAGAGCUACAGUGUGUUUAAACAAACUACAGUGUGUUUAAUUCCUAUGGCCUAAUGGUCUGUGUAGUGUUCCUGAAUAUGGGUCUCAUUUGAAGAUGGCUAAAUAAUGGUGUUAGAAGCAGAUAAUAUAUAUUUUUUAAAGACACGCAUAUGUUCGCACCCAGCAAUCCGAUGAGUUUGUGACGAGGUGAUGAGUGAUUCAGAAUCUUUCAGAGCGGGAAAAAAAACUGAUAGGACUAGCCUAAGAAAGAAUGCAUGGGUUCCCUGCACAUCUGUGUCAGUAUAAUUUGGGGAGCAGGAUACCCCUGCAGCUCACGCUACAACCUGGACUCAGGCGUAGACUUAAUAUAGUAAAUGUAAAUCUGGGACACUCCAAUUAGUAUAUAUGUUAUGUUUCGUUUGUCGAUCAUCCAUUUCGUAUGAUAUGUUAAGAAUUACAAUUGGUUGUGGCUAACGUUAGCUAGGUGGCUAACGAUAGCUAGGCUAGGGUUGAGGUUAGGUCAAAGGAUUGUUCGGGUUAAGGUUCGGAGUUAGGCUAAAGUUAAGCUAACAUGCUUAGUAGUUGCUAAUUAGCUAAAAUGGCGAAGUUGUCCGUGAUGAGAUUCAGACACGCAACCUUUGGGUUACGAGACGUUUGUGUUAAUCCUUUAACCUAACUCCGAACCUUUGUCUUAUGUAACCAUACCAAACGUGACAUUUCAUUCUGAUUUGAUCGUUCCAGAUGUACAUUUACUAUGUUGCGUCUAGUCUAUGCACACAGCCUUCCUUUCCUCAGCGUACACAAGCCCUCGCACAUGAUGCAUGCACCAGGGGGACACCACGUUCCAGUCAGCUUGCUUUUUGCAGCACUUCAACUGUGCGGCUAAGGAGUUCAGUGUGGAAAAAUCCACAGAGCCCAUCCAACCAAGGACAUUGUUGAAAUUUCCUAAAAUAUACAAGCCCAAACCAUCUGUGACCUCAUCUGAGGUCAUCAGCUACCCUGAUCAUGCCUCAGAGAAGGGGGGCGAGCCCUCUCCCGAGGGACCCUCGACUGAGCCUGAUGCUGGUAACCAAGCAACUGACAGCUCUGACACAUUCACGAUCCUCAGACAAGACUCAAAGGACAAAACCCCCUGUGCAAGGGCUCUAACCAAUGGGAUGACAACAAGCAGCUCCAUCCUCCACCCUAAGCUGCAUUUCUCUCUCACCUAUUAUACAGACCAGAACGAGCUACACAUCACCGUGAUAGAAGCGGAGCAUUUGAGUGUGGGGUCGGGCUGUGAGGGCUAUGUGGCCGGAGUCCUGACCUUAGCAGCAGGACAGAGGGAGGCCCAGACUUCGUUGCGACGCCUGACCAGCCACACCCGCUGGGAGGAAGGCCUGGUGUUCUCCCUGACAAGGGGGUAUGAGGUGGAGGGCGAAGUGGCUCUCUCCCUUCACAGUUGUGACCACUUCUCCCAGAACACCAACCUGGGCGUCAUGAGGUUCAAGCUGGUUGAUGUGGGCAUGAUGUCCAACGCAGACUGCUGGGUCGACCUACAACCACCAAAACAGGAUGUCCAGGCAGCUGGAGAGCUCCUGCUGUCUAUAAGUUACCUGCCUGCAGCCAACCGGCUGGGAGUAGUGGUGAUGAAGGCUCGAGGACUACAGUCAGACAAGCUGAAGAACUCCAUAGACCUGUCUGUGAAACUGGCCCUGAAGCACCAGACUACCAAGCUGAGGAGGAAGAAGAAGCAGACGCGACGGGUCAAGCACAAGAUGAACCCAGUGUGGAAUGAGAUGAUGAUGCUGGAGGUUCCCCGCGAGCUGCUGUCUAAAUCCAGUCUGGACUUGGAGGUGUUGAACCAGGCAGGUCCUGGUGAGCAGGAGUCCCUGGGCCGCUGUCAGCUGGGUUUACAGGCCUCUAACACUGGCCUCCAACACUGGCAGCAAAUGCUAGACAACCCCCGUAAGCAGAUCGCCAUGUGGCACCCACUGUAUGACUAAGAUAACCACCUGUCCGCUUUGCCCUUCCAAAUACCCAAAUGGGGGGGGGCAUGUCAACUGCCUUCCUUUAAUAGCCUAAAUCUAUUCAUCCACUUAUAUUGAAAGUAUCCCAUUACCUGCGAUUAAUUAUCCCACAGCAUCCCAUGACAACAGUAGCAUACACCAAACUGAAAUGUCACUGAAUAUCACAGAAUUUCCAAAGAAUACCAAUUAUGAACACAUUUUAUAUAUUCAAUGAAACUCAUCAAUGCAAUGUAAUACUUUGCCUACAGUACCUAUACUUAACCACCUCUAUGAUCUGUUUUUAUAGCUGAACAGAAUAAAUAUGAUAAUGCCUGUGUUUUUGUGUUGUAGGGGAUUGUGUAUAUGGUAUGUAAGGGUAUGAUAAAUAUCAGUGAAUUAUUCUAGAGUAGAGCUGUCAUUUUAUUUGUAAAGGGAUGUAUUCACACGCUUGGAAAGCAAUCGAGAAAAUGCACCUGGCAGAAACUUAAAGGCAGCCAAUAUUGAACGGAUAGGAGAUUCAAAAGCCCGGUGUACUACUGAAAGGACAAGUAUUAGUAUUCAUAGAUAUACUGUAACAGUGAUGAAAUUACAGUGGACUACAUGUUUAAAGUGUAUCUUAUUACACAGGGUCUAAAAACGGCAGCUAAAGUUUUCCACAUGAUGUAUUUAAAAAAUCAUGCAGUGUUUAAUGUAGUAAUAUACUGUAUUUGUCAUUUUUAUGAAUAUGUGCAGAUGUAUUCUAUCUUAGGAGAAUACGAGAGUUGAUAUACAUGUUAUAUUUAAAGUAGUUACAAUACAACUAUCAACUCAAUUUCACACCUGUUUCCAUUCAACCCACUUUGCUUCAGUUAUGUACAAAAGGUAUUGUUCUCCAUUGUGGUUUUAUUUUUUACAUAGCUUUUGUUAAGUGAACUGCUUAUAGACUGCACCAGUGAGGAACACACUGUGUAAUUUGAAAAUAUACACACUGACACACAAAAUGUGUGAAAAUAAAAACAUCUUCAAAAUAUAUCAUGCCAAAAUCUGAUUCUCGUCGAGUUGUACUGAGGAUGUGCAAAUACCCGGGCAUCCAGAGAGCACUAUGUACAGUAUCAGCACCUAACACCACAUCCGGGCAGACAUUGAUGUAAUAUAUCUAUUUAUUGAUACUUCCUAUCCUCAGAGCUCAUUUUGCGUAACUGAUAUAACCUUGGACCUGACCUACGAUACAGUAGCUAGCUUUUCAUAGCUGAAUGAGCUACCGUUAUCACGUUGAGAUGAAGUUACAUAUUAAUAUCACCCGUCCAAGCCAUUUCACACAAAAACAAAGAUUUACUGUAACAGACCGGAAUAUCAUCAACCUAAUUAAAUUAUAACUUAUUGACUAACUAAAGUAUGGCUGUUUCACAUGCACGGUGUUGAAUUUACAAGAACACUGGUAAUAAACCCCCGGGCUGACAAGGUACAAAUCUGUCGUUCUGUCGUUCUGCUCCUGAACAGGCAGUUAACCCACUGUUCCUA